UAAGUAGAAAUCGCAGUGGCUUUGACGUCAGAUCAGCGGACUGGGGGAAAAGAGGUGUUUGCGAGUCUUCUGCCAGACAGACAGUCAGUCAGUCUUUCUGGAGCAAAGUCCUUGUGAUUGUUGAGCUUUGAGACUUCGUCCCAAGUGGAAAAAAAACCAAAAUGACUCUGGAAGGAGGAAUGAAAUGCGUCAAGUACUUAAUGUUCGUUUUUAACUUCUUGUUUUGGAUCUCGGGUAUUGCACUCAUUGUGGUUGGGAUUCUGGUCCAGACCAAGGUGAAUGGCACGCUACACAUCACCAGUGUUGCUGCCUCGGGAGCUCCCAUCGUCAUCAUUGUCGUUGGCGUGAUCAUCAACUUUGUUGCCUUCUUUGGUUGCUGCGGUGCCUGGAAUGAGAAUUACUGCAUGGUGACCACAUUUACAAUUCUUCUUGUUCUCAUCUUUCUUGUGGAGAUUGCUGCUGCUAUUGCUGGUUACGUUUUCAAGGAUGAAAUUCGAGAUGCCUUUGAGAAGACAUUUAAUGAAACCAUGACCAACUACAACCAGUCAGCGAAUGCUGUCAACAUUGACAACUUGCAGAAAAAGUUCAAAUGCUGUGGUGCUGCCGGUUAUGCUGAUUGGUUCGCUCAAAUGCCCGGCAGGGUGCCGGAUUCUUGCUGCAAGAAUUUCACGCACAACUGUGGCCGCGUCACGACUGCCGCUGCCAUAUAUCAACAGGGUUGUGUGGCGCUGAUCAAAGAAUGGCUGAAAAACAACAUUGUGAUUGUGGCUGGUGUGGCUCUUGGGAUUGCCAUAUUCCAGAUCCUUGGGAUUGUCUUUGCUUGCAUUCUGAUGAAGGGCAUUAAAAGUGGCUAUGAAGUCAUGUAAUCUUCACCUCGACCGCCAAUGUUCAUUGGAUACUUUGUAUUUUUUUGCCACAGCUGUGAGCGUGAUCACACUAUUCUUUGGUUAAAAGAAAAUGAAUGUCUGUGCCUUUCUUCAUUAACUUUGACAUUUAAAAAAAAAAUAUGAGCACUAUAAUGUAACCUAGGUGACCCAGCUCAUGUUGCUCGUUUUCUACCCCCCCCCCCCCCCCCCCUUUUUCCAAGCUUAUCUCCAGAAGACUACAUGUCCAGCAUGUCAAUAGGAUUUUUAAAGCAGCAUUGUCAUUAGGGUGCUUCAUUCGGAUGCUGUUCGCUACUCAAAAUGGGCUGGGAAACAUAGACAAUGGGUGCAGGAGUAGGCCAUUCGGCCCUUCGAGCCUGCACCGCCAUUCAAUAUGAUCAUGGCUGAUCGUCCACAAUCAGUACUCCCGUUCCUGCCUUCUCUCCAUAUCCCUUGAUUCCCUUAGCCCCAAGAGCUAAAUCUAACACUCUCUUGAAAACAUCCGGUGAAUUGGCCUCCACUGCCUUCUGUGGCAGAGAAUUCCACAUCGUUCUCCCACAUUUCAAGAGGAGCCUUCUGAUCAGUCAGUUUGCCAGCAGGCUCUUCUGUUGCUCACCAACCUCAGUCGGGGAACACUCCCAAGUGUGUGUUUCAUCGAGAGGCUACAUCACGUUAAGCUGCAAGGCCCACUGCUUGCCUUCCCCUAGAAAAUGCAUUCCUUGCUCACUUCACCCUUCUCUCAAAGGGGAGAAGGGUUGGGAAGGGGGAUGGGAAUGAAAAGGUUUUAUUUUAAGAGAGGGUUAAUGGCUUUUAACCACACACCCUGCCCACUUAACCUUGCAGCUUCAAGCAACUAGAUGACUCCCAAUGGAGAGGGUGUUGAUCACCAGCAGCCAUUUUCUUUCUCUUGCCAAGGAUGAUCUGCAAUUCUGCUUUUAUUUCAAAAGUGCUCUUUGCCCAGCCAUCAACCUGUGCCCCCUGCUCAUUGGGGCUGGAUUACAGUUCCACUUGAUCACAUUUUUCUUCAGGGAAAACCCUUUCUUUCCUUUCAGAGUCUAUGCGAGUGUCCUGUUUGAUUUGACUUGUCCACUACCAAAACAAAUAAUGAGUUUUAAAAUGUCAGCGUCAAACGCCUUUUAUGUUCUUGGACCCUUUGGCCUUGUUACCUGUGGGUAACCGGCCAUUUUUAGCCAAGUAUACCUCCAGCAGGUGAAACUGGGAAAUGCAGCUCCUGGUUUACCUUGAAGGACACAAAGUGCUGGAGUAACUCUGGAGGUCGGGCAGCAUCUCUGGAGAACAUGGGCAGGUGACAUUUCAAGUUGGGGGCCUUCUUUAGCCUGACGAAGGGUCCUGCCCAAAACAUCACCUAUCCUUGUUCUCCAGAGAUGCUGCCUGGCUUGCUGAGUAACUCCAGCACUUUGUCCUUGCUAUGUCUCCAGUACCCAGGACUACUUUACCUUGCUGAACUGACACUGUCUUCCUCCUUGUGCUGGUCCACAAUAUGAUGUGUAAACCGACACUAACCACCAUGGCGAAAUCAAGAGUAACCUUUAUUUUAUCAUUGUGUAGGAAGAAACGGCAGAUGCUGGUUUAAAUCAAAGAUAGACCCACAAAGCUGGAGUGCCUGAGCGGGUCAGGCAGCAUCUCUGGAGAGAAGGAAUAGGUGAUGUUUCAGGUCGAGACCCUUCAGUCUGACCGGAAACGUCGCCCAUUUAUUCUCUCCAGAGAUGCCCGCUGUCCCGCUGAGUUACUCCAACAUUUUAUGUCUAUCUCCUUUACCUCCUUGUUCCAUCGUCACCUGAACUUGCUCAAACAACAAUUGAAUUUUUGUCAAAGGUGAUUUUGGAAGGCAGGCCAGGACAUUAAAACAAAAAAA